AUGGCGGAACCGCCGAGCUUAACGCAAGGCGCCCCCGCCGCCGUCUCGGAGAAAGAAUCGUUCGGCAAAGUGCAAGCCCCAUCCCGGGACCCGCCGGGUCCUCUGUCCGCCAAGAAGAUCCGGACUGAGGAGAAGAAGGCGCCGCGUAGACUGAACGGAGAAGGAGCCAGCAGCGGUAACAGCAGGCAGCUGCAGUCUCCCGCCGCACCUUCGCCUCAGAGCUAUGGCAGCCCUGGGUCUUGGAGCUUUGCCGCUCUGUCCGCUGCCCCCUCCCCGUCGUCUGCUCGGAGCAAUUUCUCCUCUGCAGGCACGGCUGUCCCCUCCGCUGUCUCUGCUUCCCCCUCUCAGCCGGUGCCGCGCAAACUGCUGGUGCCUCCUACGCUGCUACACGCUCAGCCUCCCCAUCUCCUGCUGCCCGCCGCCGCCGCCUCGGCCGGCGCCAAGCCGCGCAGACCCAAGGAGAAGCGAGAGAAGGAAAGACGGAGGCACGGUCUCGGCGGGGCGGGCGACGCUGGCGGCGCCUCCCGCGAGGAGAACGGGGAGAUGAAGCCGCUGCCGCGAGAUAAAAUCAAAGACAAAAUUAAAGAGAGAGAUAAAGAAAAGGAGAGAGAGAAAAAGAAGCAUAAAGUAAUGAAUGAGAUCAAGAAAGAAAAUGGAGAAGUAAAGAUUUUGCUGAAAAGUGGGAAGGAGAAACCAAAAACAAGUGUAGAAGACUUACAAAUUAAGAAGGUAAAGAAGAAAAAGAAAAAGAAACACAAAGAGAAUGAAAAACGGAAGCGUCCAAAAAUGUAUAGCAAAUCUAUUCAAACUAUCUGCUCAGGAUUGCUGUCUGAUGUUGAAGAUCAAGAAGCCAGAGGUAUCCUAAAUGAUAACAUAAAGGAUUACAGUGGAAAGAGUUUGGAUACCAAGAGUUACGAUUCCAAAAUUCCAGAAAACAGUGAGUUUCCAUUUGUCUCAUUAAAGGAGCCACGGGUUCAGAACAACCUCAGAAGGCUGGACACUUUGCAGUUCAAACAGCUCAUUCAUAUUGAGCACCAGCCUAACGGAGGUGCAUCAGUUAUCCAUGCCUACAGCAAUGAACUCUCCCAUCUGUCUCCUGUGGAGAUGGAGAGGUUUGCAGAAGAGUUUGUGGAUCUGGUGUUCAGUGAAAAUGAGAACUCUGCAGCUUUCUAUGUAAUGGGUAUUGUUCAUGGGGCAGCUACUUAUUUACCUGAUUUUUUAGACUACUUUUCAUUUAAUUUUCCCAAUUCACCAGUGAAAAUGGAGAUAUUGGGAAAGAAGGAUAUAGAGACAACGACUAUGUCCAAUUUUCAUGCUCAGGUGAAAAGAACAUAUUCUCACGGUACUUAUAGAGCUGGCCCAAUGAGACAAAUCAGCUUGGUGGGAGCAGUUGAUGAAGAAGUGGGAGAUUACUUCCCUGAGUUCCUUGACAUGUUGGAAGAUUCACCAUUUUUAAAAUGUACACUGCCCUGGGGGACACUAUCUAGUUUAAAAUUAGAGAGUCGGAAAGAUAGUGAUGACGGUCCCAUCAUGUGGGUGCGCCCGGGAGAACAGAUGAUCCCUGUGGCUGACAUGCCAAAGUCACCUUUCAAAAGGAAAAGAACUACCAAUGAAAUAAAAAACCUGCAGUACCUACCUCGAACUAGUGAGCCCCGUGAAAUGCUCUUUGAAGAUAGAACAAGAGCUCAUGCAGAUCAUAUAGGACAAGGUUUUGAACGACAGACUACAGCUGCUGUUGGAGUGUUGAAGGCUGUGCACUGCGGAGAGUGGCCUGAUCAACCCCGAAUAACCAAAGAUGUAAUUUGUUUUCAUGCUGAAGAUUUCUUAGAAGUAGUUCAACGAAUGCAGUUAGAUUUACAUGAACCUCCACUGUCCCAGUGUGUCCAAUGGGUUGAUGAUGCAAAACUUAAUCAACUGAGGAGGGAAGGCAUUCGCUAUGCCAGGAUUCAGCUGUAUGAUAAUGACAUUUAUUUUAUUCCAAGGAAUGUUGUUCAUCAGUUCAAGACAGUUUCAGCCGUAUGCAGUUUAGCAUGGCAUGUUCGGCUCAAGUUGUAUCAUUCAGAGGAGGACACUGCUGAGAAUACAGUUACUCAUGAAACAGGCACAUCAGCAGAUUCCACAUCAUCAGUUCUUGGACCUCACACUGACAGCACAAUUUGUGCUGUAAGCAAAACCUCCUUGGAUUCUAUUUUUUCAGACAAACUUCAUUCUAAAUAUGAAUUACAGCAGAUUAAACAUGAACCUGUUCCAUCUGUAAGAAUCAAGGAAGAACCUGUGAAUGUUUAUAUUCCUGAAAAGACUGGAGCACCGAAUAAUAUGGAUAGCAAGAAUGUUAAAGCAAAAUUGGAUCAUGUUCAAUUUACAGAAUUUAAGGUUGAAGUGGACUCUAAAUUUGAAAAUAGCAACAAAGAUUUAAAGGAAGAAUUGUGUCCUGGAAGUCUCCUAAGUCUAGUUGAUACAAGGCAACAUAGUUCAACACAUUCAAAUCAAGAGAGAAAAGAUGAUGACAUUUUGUGUUAA